GUGCAUAAAGCUUGCGAAUUGAAGCUUAAAAGUCGAUUCAAACACCCACUCAACUGCGAUUAACACUAUCUGAACAAAUUGCACGCCUUGUCUUGCCUACCUAUCUGACUCAUGCUACUUUCUAUAAUUAUUUCAUAAACCCACGAGACGAUGGCAGACCCGCAACCUGGCCCGGGUCUCUCCUUCCCGACAGACCCCCAGGAGUUCGAACAGGACGACCGAAUCUCCUUCUCCAAGCUUGACAACAAGUACAUCGCGGUGCAGGAGGACGGGAGCGAGUUCGAGUGGGAUUCCCAGUUAAAGCGGUGGAUACCCGUAGUCGAUGAGGAUUUGCUCGCCCAGCAGCAGUUAGCUUACGGAGGCAGCGCGAGCCCCGACAACGAACCGAACAACGGUAGUAAUAGCUCUAGUAUCCCCAACAAAAAGCGUAAGACAGACCAGCCGAAUGGUCGUGGAGAUGCGCCUCGGGGUCAACAGCAACGUCCCAAGAAGAGGCAAAAGCAGCCACCGCAGCCGCGCCAGAACACGGCUAUCUACGUUACCGGCCUGCCCCUCGAUGUGACCGUGGACGAGGUGCACGAUGCGUUCUCGCGCAAAUGCGGCGUCAUCGCCGAGGAGAUCGAUAGUGGUCGCCCGCGAAUCAAGUUAUAUACAGACGAGAAGGGCAACUUCAAGGGCGACGCUCUAAUCGUUUUCUUCAAGCCCCAGAGCGUUGAUAUGGCCAUUAUGCUGCUCGACGACACCGAUUUCCGGUUUACCUCGUCCGGGCUUGCGAGCGGGCGCAUGCGCGUCCAAGCCGCCGACUCGAGCUACAAGAAGAUGAACUACGAAGGCACCAAGGAAGAUGGCAACGGAAACGGCGCGGACGAAGGUACCAGCGAGCGCAGCAAGCUCAUCCUAGGCGCGGGCAAGGCGCCCGACUGCGCGCGCGAGCAGGACAAGCAGAAGAUCAUCAGGCGGACGCAGAAGCUCGACGCGAAGCUCGCAGACUGGGACGACGACGACCCGUACGGGGGCCAGCUAGAGACGGGCGCACGGCGCGACCGCGUGGUGAUCCUACGACACAUGUUCACGUUGCGCGAGCUAGAAGAGGACCCAGCCGCCAUGUUAGAAAUCAAAGAGGAUAUCCGCGAGGAGUGCUCGAAGCUCGGGCCCGUGACCAACGUAGUGCUAUACGACCUCGAGGAAGAAGGCAUCGCAAGCGUGAAAUUCACGACGCCGGAAGCCGCCGAGGCCUGCAUCAACCUCAUGGACGGGCGAGCCUUCGACGGCCGCACGGUCCGUGCUACGCUUGCCACGGGGCGCGAGCGUUAUCGCAAGUCAGGCAAGAAGCAAGGCGAUGACGCGGAUGCCGAUGACAGCGAUGAUUGAUGCGUGGAUGAGUGGAUGGGUUUCUUGUUAUUGCUACUUACUUAAUAUUAUGAGGCCGCACUCACUUGUUAUGUAUUAUACGCCGAGGAGUGCUGCACCCCGCGGGAAGAGUUACGAUGUACGAUUACUUAGGGCUGGUAUUAGCGACUAGCAACGCUUGUAGUUUGCACGGUUUACUUGAAAAGUUACCAAAACGUAUUCCUCUGGGGAUGGUUUGCAAGAACGAUGGGGAAGAUUAUAAUAAUCAAGGAAGUGCUAUUUCUUAUACAGGUUGCUAGAGUUCAGUUAUGGGGUCGUGACUGAUCUCCAAGGUUGUCCUAUAUAGGUACCGAAAGUAGGGAUAUCAAGGGGGUCUUGCUGACUUAAGCUGAUGCAACGACUUAAGACAUAUGCCUACCUUAGAUAUACCAACAAGUGGACUUCUCUUGAGCAUCUGUCAUACG